AAGAGCAAUUCACAGUGAGUGCACACACCGUAAGGUGGGAUAUAUAUUCAGAUGGUUGUACAAAAAGUGUCUUCGUUAGGCCAGAAUGUGGGCGAGGAGGCACGUGGACUUAGCAUGUACAGCUCCAUUCUCGAGUCUGAAGAGUACCUAAGAUGUGGUUUGUGUUGGGAGGUUCCUGCACAAACUGUAACUCUCAAAUGUGCUCACACAUUUUGUAAGUGGUGUCUCAAAAACGGGUCGAAUGCCGGUCAAGAUAUAGACGGCGGUGUUUCCUGUCCGGUUUGUGGGGUCAAUGACACUAUGACACAUGGUCAGACAGAAGACGGGUCCACAUUGGUGGGCGAAAAUGGGAAUGACCGAAACUGUGACCUGUGCGAGGAGAAUCGACUUGCCGAGGCCAGAUGUUUGGAAUGUCGAGAGUGGAUGUGUAGUUUUUGCCAUCAGUCACACAAGCGAAGCAAAGCCUCAAAGCACCAUAACAUCACAAUGCUGGAAGAUGUCCAUACCGACGAAGGUGAUUUUUCGGAAAGCAGGUGUGCCAGCCAUAAUGAAGAUCUAGCCUACUUCUGUCGGCCUUGUAACAUGGCCGUGUGUAAAUUAUGUCGUACAAGUGACCAUCGAGGACACAGGACACGACCUGUUAAAGUAAUUGUUGGGGACAAACGGAGACAGCUAGAGGAGAAAGUGGACUCGGUACGGAAUGGUUACCUUCGUGUGUUGGAGAGAAAACUAGCAGAAAUCCCAAAACAAAUCGGUGCAAUUAAAGAAAACGCCGAAAACGUGGUUGUGGAUAUAAUACAACGGUCUGAAUGUAUCAAAGACCAAAUUGACGUAAUUAAGGCCGAAAUGAUAAAGGAUGUUCAUUCUAAGGAAUCCCUCGGUCUGGCCAGACUUGAGAAUUUCCGGACAGAGCUGGAGAAGGAGUUAUUGGCUGUUAGUGAGAGUAUAAAAAGGACACAGCAAAUAUUAAAACAAGGAACUGAUGUUGAGAUAGUAUCUAUAAGUAAAAUAUCUCAUGAGUUACUUGACAGUCUGGAGUCAGGACGGUCACUGCCAAAACUACAGAAGUUGGAUGUUGCGUUUGAGACAGGGGACCUUGCACUUGACAUGCUGAGAAAUGGAUUCGGACACUGUUCGACCAGAAACUCUGGUUUCAGUUGGUCUCGUUCUGUCUCCAUGUGCCAGGGUCAUCCACAAGAUGUACAAAUCAAUCUUUUGUCGGAAUUCCAUUGCCCUGUCGUAGCAGAUGAAGAUAAUGACGAUGAUUUUGUGAAUGAAUCUGUCCAAGCUAUGACGCCCUUGUCCGGAGAACAGAUAGCUGUUUGUUAUGGCUGCGAAUCUGACCGCGUCGUGUUCAUGGACGGAAAAGGACAUGCCACCAGCAGUUUACGAGUUGGUGUAAUGAUUGAUGAUCUGGUACAACGUAAUGACCACUCUGUCGUUAUGACGUGCUUUCAGGAUCGUUCAAUUAGGGCAAUUGAGGACAACGGUAAUGUUCGAGAGCUCGUGUCGACCGAGCAUUAUCCGCGUGGUCUGGCAGUCGCGUCUGACGGAAGCCUUCUUGUGUGUUUAAUGGACCAGUAUUCUACGUCCGUCACCAAGACAAGUAAACGCAUGGUAGCCAGGUUAAACAGUCAGGGUCAACAGGUGCAGGCGUAUGAAUACACGGACGGAAACAAGCGUCUCUUCACGAGGCCUUAUCGUGUUGUGGAGAACAUCAAUGGCGACAUCUGUGUUACAGACAAAACGUCAAUGGGUUCAGGGCGAGUCGUGGUGCUAGAUAGUCUUGGAAAUCUCAGAUUUAUUUACGACGGGAGGUCUGCGUCAGCUGGGGAAAGACCAUUCUCGCCAUGUGGCAUCGUGUGUGAUAGCUACGGCAGACUGCUUAUCGCUGAUACCAAUAAUCACUGCGUACACAUCGUGGACAAACAUGGUCAGUUCGUCAGCUUCCUUUUGCGGAAAGAAGACGGUAUAACAUGCCCCACAUCACUCGUUCUUAAUGGCGAGGGGAAAUUGUGGGUUGGAAACGAAAAUGGACAAGUGAAGGUAUACCAAUACCUAUAGUUCAAAGACAAGAUGUUUUAAGACAAGAACUAUUUUAUUAGCACUCAGGCACACUAUUGUAUGUAAGCGACAAGGGGUCAAAAUACAACAGCAUAAUACAAUAUAGGAUCAUCUGGUUAUGUGAUAAACCUUAAUAUCCACGAACAUGAUUGCAUGUGUACUAUGUAUGUCAGAUGAAACGUUUCGCUAGUCUUCAUACUGAAAACAUGGUAUUUUUUGCGGUAUUAUUAUUUUGGCGUUUAACAUUCCUUCAAUGUUUCAGAUCAAUAAAAUAUAUUGCUUUUUAUAACAUAAUUUGUGUGUUUGUCAAGUACUGUAAACUAAAAUAUUUUAGCGGUAAUCUAACUUGAGUGUUUUUCGCUCUGGAAAAAUUCCGCUCAAUUAUGAUUGUGCUAAUGGUAGUUAAUCUACAAUGGACUCUAUGGCAAUCACUGUUGUGAACUAAUUUAUCAUUCGGCUAAUCUGUUUUAAUUUGGUUUUACGCUAAAAUCUGAGUGUAUCAAAUUAAGUUCAUUUAUAGUAAUCCUUUUGAUAAACAGUUGAAAUUAAAAAAUCCUGAACAUUUUAUUACAAGAAAAAAAAGCGUUUACAUAAUAUUAAGCAAAUAUUUCAGAAUAAAAAGCUAUCAAUAAAAUAUGACCAUAUUUCUAUCACACUACUAGCUGUCUCUGAUUAUUGAAUUCCACUUCAUAGCCACAAUAUUAAAAAAAACGUCAAUAUAUUUGUAUAAUAUCAUGUAACUUCGAUCGUAAAUUGAAUAAUUUAUUACAUAUUCGUGACGUAAUUUGUGAUAUUGCUUUGUUGUAAAUCAAUGAUAAGGAUUGUUGCGAAUUGAAAAUAUAAAAAUAUUUCCUGUU